AAAAUUUGGAAGGGGAGAGAGAGAGAGAGAGAGAGAGGAAGAGAGACAGCGUCCACAGCUAAUUGAGGAUCUGUGCUCUGUACGAUUGCUGCAGUAGGAGUUUGGUCUGUGCUAUCUUAUUUGGGGGGCCUAAUAUGAGCUUCACCUCUUCAUCUGUGGGUUCUGGUGGUAGAACUGUUAGAAGGGUAUUUGAGUUUGGAAGAACCUAUGUAGUCAGACCUAAAGGCAAACACCAGGCCACUGUAGUUUGGCUACAUGGUCUUGGCGACAAUGGUUCAAGCUGGUCCCAGCUCUUGGAGACCCUCCCUCUUCCAAAUAUUAAAUGGAUUUGUCCAACCGCUCCUACUCAACCAAUUAAAGUGUUUGGUGGCUUUCCUUCCACUGCUUGGUUUGAUGUUGGAGAACUUUCAGAAGAUGCUCCAGAUGAUAUAGAAGGUUUGGAUGCUUCUGCAGCGCAUGUUGCAAAUUUGCUAUCAACAGAGCCUGAUGACAUUAAACUUGGAGUUGGAGGGUUUAGUAUGGGUGCAGCUACUGCCCUAUACUCUGCUACUUGCUUUACUCUAAGAAAAUACGGGAAUGGUAAUCCAUACCCAUGCAAUCUGAGUGCAGUUGUCGGACUAAGCGGAUGGCUUCCAUGUUCCAAGACCUUGAGUAAGAAGUUAGAAGAAGUAGAUGAUGCUGCGAGGCGUGCUGCCUCCUUGCCGCUUCUGUUAUGCCAUGGAAAAGGUGAUGAUGUGGUUCCUUAUAAGUUUGGUGAGAAAUCUUCACAGGCUUUGAGUUCAACUGGCUAUCAGAAUGUGGCUUUCAAAGCCUACAAUGGGCUUGGUCAUUAUACAGUUCCUGAAGAGAUGGAUGAAGUUUGUGCUUGGCUUUCGUCAAAAUUGGGGCUUGAGGGGACUUCUUCAUAGUAUGACCCCAUGAGAAAUCUCAAGCAACAUCAAGGAAGAGGAGGAAAUUGAAGGGAAUGUGUUAAGAAACAAGAAUUUAAAUGGUUUUGGUCUCAGUAUGACCUAUUUUGUCCUUUAUGACUUGUUAUUGUUUGGCUGGUGCCAUUAGAUAAAUCCAUAUUCGUAUGUAGUAACGACAUUCAUUAUUUGAAUCAAGAACAUGUCGUAUGAAAGUAAAAGGUAGUUCUUUCACUGAAAUUGCCUACGUCCAUAGUUGCAAUAAAGCUGGCUGGACAUGAGCUGAUACUUUGACCCUUAA